CUGCGCACAACACACGUGAACAAAACUAAGCGAAUAUCGCACUCACACAUUCAGAGACGACCUCUCUCUGCUCUUGAAAUCACCACUAUUUGUUGUUGGCCGCAGCGCUUGUUUUGCUUAUAUUACCAUGUAAAGUGCCAACUAAGAAUCAGUACUUGCCGCGGCAUCGACGUGUCAGUUUGUAGUAUAUUAGUCGCACCAUAGUAGCUCCAAGAGAAGCAUAUCUAACGAGAAAAAAACAAACACAAUGGCGGACAAGGUAAAUGUGUGCAUUGUGGGCUCUGGAAACUGGGGUUCGGCGAUAGCGAAAAUCGUGGGUGCCAACGCCGCUGCUUUACCGGAAUUCGAAGAACGGGUGACCAUGUUCGUCUACGAGGAGCUGAUUGAGGGCAAAAAGCUGACGGAGAUUAUUAACGAGACGCACGAGAACGUCAAGUACUUGAAAGGACACAAGCUGCCACCGAAUGUGGUUGCUGUGCCCGACCUGGUUGAGGCCGCCAAGAGCGCAGAUAUUUUAAUCUUCGUUGUGCCCCACCAAUUUAUUCCAAACUUUUGCAAACAGCUGCUGGGUAAGAUCAAGCCGAACGCCAUCGCUAUUUCUUUAAUCAAAGGAUUCGACAAGGCCGAGGGCGGUGGCAUCGAUCUGAUUUCGCAUAUAAUCACGCGUCACCUAAAGAUUCCGUGCGCCGUGCUUAUGGGCGCCAACCUGGCCAAUGAGGUGGCUGAAGGAAACUUCUGCGAAACGACCAUCGGUUGCACGGAUAAAAAGUACGGUAAGGUGCUGCGCGAUCUCUUCCAGGCAAAUCACUUCCGUGUUGUGGUCGUGGACGACGCUGACGCUGUAGAAGUCUGCGGAGCCCUUAAGAAUAUUGUUGCCUGCGGAGCGGGCUUUGUGGAUGGCCUGAAGCUUGGCGACAACACAAAGGCAGCAGUAAUCCGGCUGGGCCUCAUGGAGAUGAUUCGCUUCGUGGACGUCUUCUACCCCGGAAGCAAGUUGUCUACCUUCUUUGAGAGUUGCGGUGUUGCAGACCUGAUCACGACGUGUUACGGUGGACGAAAUCGCCGAGUGUCUGAGGCAUUUGUGACUUCCGGGAAAACUAUUGAGGAGUUGGAGAAGGAAAUGUUGAACGGUCAGAAGCUGCAGGGCCCACCCACUGCCGAGGAGGUUAACUACAUGCUUAAGAACAAGGGUCUAGAGGACAAAUUCCCUCUGUUCACGGCUAUCCACAAAAUAUGCACAAACCAGCUUAAGCCCAACGAUUUAAUUGAUUGCAUACGCAAUCACCCUGAGCAUAUGCAAAAUUUGUAAAUCAUCCAAAGAAGACGAGAGCGUUCAUACGUACAUAUGUGUCAACCACAUAAAGUGUAUUUUUUCAACACAACUCCGCCUCAAUGAAUUUAAAGAGUCCAUUCUAUUUAACACUAACCGGUUGACUUAAGGUAAUGCGUAUAGGUUGUUGUAUUGUCAGCUUAUUUUUGAAACUGAGAAAAAACACCGAAGUCUGUUUUAAUAAAACAAAUUUUGUUUAUCCUUAAAUAGCAAGGAAGCAAGGCUAUGCGCAUAAAAAAUAUAUUUUAAUGUUGUUACCAUAAGUGUUGUAAAAUAAUUAAAAAGCUAGUGAAGAGAGAUUUUUAGUCAAAUACUAAUUGGACUCCACAGAUAUUAUGAUUAAACAUUUUUUAAUUUUUUUUCGUUUUAAUGGAUUUGUUGUUCAGGUAAACCACCGUUUAUGUUUAAAAUCCCUCAGUAUAAAAACAAAGAAGUACGUGUCCCUUUAUAUGCUUUAUACCAACUUUUUAUCUUGUGCCGAAAAAUAUCAGCGUUCGUAGGCACCCUUAUCCGAUGCGUGGAAACCAAUUUGUUUUAUAUAAUUAUUGUUAGAUUUUUACGAGCGCAAGACAUUUCAGGUAAAAUCGGAGCCAAUUGAGCGCAAGCACGGCGCGGCACAUUCGCAUAACAAAUUUCCGCAGCGUACGAAACUAAGGAACCUAUAACUUAGGCGCCAACUCUGCUCUUAUUGUUUCUGAUAUAACAGCGAUCACACAAUUAGACGGACAUGGCUAGUUGGCUAGUCAUCCUGACCACGAAUAUAUAUAUAUGUUUAUAUAUACUUUAUACAGUCGAAUACUUCUUCUAAAUAAAAUAUGUCAUUCUGCUCUA